CACGCCACAAGGAGUAACCUACAUUAACUUUGUUUGUAAAUAUUGUUUACGUCAAGAUAUCGAAUAAAUCAAGAUAAUCUGCAAAUGUUCAGAUAUACUUAGCCGGAAAGAUGAUUUUGAGCACAAUAAUGGCGAUAACGCUUUGGAUAUGCAAUGGAUCUAGCAAUUGAUGUUCGGUCUUAUUUUGUAUCAGCCAUUGCUGAUAUAUUUGGAUUUUGUAUUUUUGCUAGUUUUAGCAUUGCUAAUGGAUCAGCUCGUACGAUUCGCAAUAUUUGUAGCAUAUUUGCUCUUACUUUAUUCAAUAUUACAUGAAUCUUUGAGCCAGUCACGUUUUGCAAUCAUUGGCAAACAAUUUAUGACUAAGUUAAAUAACAGUAUUCAACAUUAUGAACCAGAAAUUAUACAUUAUAACCAGAGACAACUUCAUCCUCUAACGAAUGGCCAGCAUUAUCCCAUUUUACUAGAGAAUCAAACUCGCUAUGUUGGUGAAGAUGCUAGAUUUGUAUGUGAAGAUACCGUCUUGGGAUAUAACACAUCCGUUCCACAUAUCAACCAGGUGUUGUGGUACAAAGAUGGCAAGCUUCUUAAGCCCAGCGAUCGGCAUCGCAUCAGAUGGAGCUUUAAUCCCGUUAACCAAAGUGAGGUUCAAGCAGGUGAAAACAAACGUUUUAAGAUUAUCAGCGUCUUGGAAAUAAUGUUAAUCCAAGAUGAAGAUUAUGGAGUUUACAACUGCCAUGUUUCUAAAAGAACAGACUACCAUAUAGUUCCAAACAGACAACCAAAUGAUCAGGGGGGGACGAAGAAAAGACCUAAAUGUACUUUUAAGAAAAGACCGAAGACAAGCAAUAAAUGCUAUUGCAAGUGUUCUUUUUCCCCAUCUGAGAGAAAAUGGAAAAUUAGUUUUGAAGAGAUGGAACACAUGUUCUUUAGGUAUAAUGGUAUGGUGUGGACUGCUGAAUUCCGUCUUAUUAAGGAAAAAACAAAAAAUAUGACCAUUUUUGUUGCACCGGGAACGUUUGUUUCAGUAGGAACCUACUACAGACAUUUGGGCAUGAAAGACGACAUAUCCAUGCGUUAUACUAUUAAAGGCGUGGCUCCAACGAACAAAAUAUUAGGCUGUUCCAUUUUCGUACUGCUGUACUUUAUUUUCAUAAAGGGUGGCAAAAUAAAUUCAUUAUUGUCGGUGAUCAAUUUAUAUGAACUUUUGGUAUUCAAUCUGAAUGUUACUGAUCCAUAUGAAAAUCAAUGGAAGAGUAAAUUUUCCGUUAUGAAUCAAUGCAUCUCACCUAAUUUAUAUGGCAAACACGAUAUCGUAAUUACGCGUUCUUAUUUUAACGAAAGUGAUAAUGCAACGUCUGAUUAUGAAUAUAGCUUUCCGAUAAAAUUAGAUUUUAAGCCACAAAUAUCAAAUCUUUUUGAUUUUUAUGGGGCUGACCAAUCAUCUCAGAUUUUUGAUCUUGAUUGUUGGUUUUCAGGAGUUCAGAACACUUCAGCUAUUUGCAGAACUGUCUAUACCCUUAUCGAAACCUUAGCAGAUAAUGUAAAGUACUUGGACUAUUUUUUCUUUGGAAUAACAAUGGUAGUUUUACUGAUUUUAAGUUUAUUCAUACAUACCGCCUACAAGAUAAUACUGUGUAUUUUGAAUCCAGUGCGAAAAGUGGUGCCUAUUGAGAACUUUGCCGAUAUUCCUAUAGAAACAUGUAUAAAAUAUCAUGCGUAUCUUUCAUAUAGUGAGAGUGAUAGGGUGUUUGUUAGAGAAAAGCUUUUCCCAAUAAUGAAACAAAUGGAUAUGACUUAUUUUGACCCAAAUACGAACAUAACGCCCGGCACUCCAGUUAACCCUAAUCUGGGAACAGCUAUUACCCAGAGUUCUCUUUUCAUUGUGGUAGCAUCGAAUGAAUAUACUCAAAAUAUUGCUCUAAAUGAAUUUGAAAUGAAUUUAAUUUUACAUAAAGCUAAACCAAACAAACUCCUCAUUAUCAAAAAGGAUGAAUGCCACAUCUCUGAUAUAUUUGGAGAAAUAUAUAAAUUAUUAAACUGGACGAAUGAAAAGAGUGAUAAAAAAUAUCAAGCUUUAUUUACAGAAUGGGUUUAUUCAAAUCUUCCAGUGCAACCAAAUUACUAUUUCGAAACAGUAGUUUGCUUUAUAAUGAUAUCUGUAAUUGUCUUUGUAAAGUUUGAUCUUUACUCAUAUUUAAAUUGACUAACUGUUAUAUUACCAAAAAAAUCGAUAGUAAUAAUAUAUUUAAUGUUGUGGAUCCCUUUAAGUGAGCACCUUGAUAUCUGCAGCAAAGGCGAGUUCAAAAUAUACCCUUUCUUUAAGAUGCCGUAUUCAGACCCCAUAAAAAUGAGAUUGAAGGAACAAUAUUUAAUUGACAAAUUUAAACCCAAAUUAAACAUUUCAUAUAUAAACAUAUAUAUAAUUAUAUUUUAUUUGAACUUCCAUAUGGUGCAAUAGUUUGAACUGAUGGGCGUAUAUUUAGGAUUUGUCAGAUUAGUUCCUCCUAUACUGCUCAUAUAUGUAUAUAUAUGUAUAAUGUUGGAAUAUUUUGAACUGCUGAGCGUGAACCAAAAUUAGGCCGUUUUGUCUGUUAAGCCAUAUUGUUCAUAUAUUUAUAUUAAUUGUUGUAAAAUAACGCUGUCGUUGUAGUCUUCCAUAAGGUAAUGAAUUGUAUUCAAAUGCAUGCUUUAUAUCACGUCACUUGAUUCUAUAACUAUGCGAUGGAUAUGCAUCAGGUCCGUACCCAGCUUGCUGGCAGCGGAGGAGCUGUUAACUUUUUAGGGGUGGGGGUUCUCAGAAAAUUUUGAAAAUUAGACAACCGCAAACGAGUUUUCCAGCUCGGAAUAUCGUUCUCUAGUCGAGCCCUGAAUAAUGAACACAGUGACACGGGUCCCACGAUAGUGGGCCAUUGGGCAAGUCAGUACAAAAUAUAGGGUCGAUAUCAGAGCAUAACCAAUAAUAUACUAUUCAAAAAAAGUAGGGGAUAUUUGAUUUUUAAGUGUUAUUAAAGUCACCUAAUGAAACUGACGAAGAAACAAAUGACAAAAUGAAAUGAAGUUCACAUUCAUCGAUUUAUUCCAAAUGAUCGUUAGACUAAGUAAGGCACAGACUGACCAUUAUAAGGGUAAAAUGAUACCCGGGGUCAAACAGCAAAGUUACCACAGCAUCACAACCAAGUCAGUAACGGGUAAAUCCUCCUCUGUUUGCCAAACAAGCAUUGAUCCGACGUGGCAUACUCCUAAUGAGACGUCUAAGGUCAUUUUGGUCCAGAUUGUCCCAUUCCUGUUGCAACGCAGCAGAAAGUUCUUGGACAUUGGCAGGACGUUGUUGACGUUGACGUAACCUCUGUCCAAGCAUGUCCCAGACAUGCUCGAUGGGGGAGAGGUCGGGACUCAGUGCUGGCCAAGGUAAUGUGGUGAUGUUCUGUUGUUGGAGGUAACCUGUAACGUUUCUGGCCCUGUGACAUCUUGCGUUAUCAUCCUGGAAGAUGAAACGGCGGCCAUGACUUCGUGCGAACGGCACAACAUGGACUGCCAAGAUGUUGUCCCGGUAGUACUGGCCUGUAACACGCCCUGCAACAACAUGUAAAGCCGUUCUUCCAGCAACAGUGAUGCCUCCCCACACCAUAACAGAACCACCCCCAAAUCGAUCAUGUCUGAUGACGUUAACGUCUUGGAAGCGCUCGUUUCGACGACGCCACACCCUCCUACGUCUGUCCAAAAAAUCAACAGUGAACCUUGACUCAUCUGAAAACAUCACAUUGCUCCAGCGUCGAUUAUCCCAGUGUUGACGAUCCCUACACCAACGACGUCUUGCCUGAAUGUGAUGAUCUCUCAAACAAGGGAUCACGCGAGGACGUCGGGCGCGAAGGUGACCCCUAUGCAGUCGAUUCCGAAUCGUCUGGCCACUCACUCUCACACCAGUGUCUGUUUGAAGACGAGCGCUGGUCUGAUUUGCUGUGAUGACACGAUUUCUCAAGGCCAAGGUACGGAUAAAUCGAUCCUGGGCUUGAGUUGUCGCCCUUGGUCGACCUGGGCGAGGUCUGUCCUGUACAGAUUGUGUAUCACGGUAUCUGGACCAUAGCCUGCUUAUGACAGACUGAGAAACAUUCAUCGUCCGCGCCACAACCGCCUGUGUUGUGCCGAUCUGUAGCAUGCCAAGGGCACGUAACCUUUCAUUUUGGGUAAGCCGACGCAUAUCAAAAUUUGUUUUCUGGUCACUAAAACAAUUAAACUGAUGUUUCCACCCUGGAAUUCAAUGCCACAAUGACUGUAACAUUCAAAAUCAGAGUCGUGCAAAUCUUGGGUUGGACCCCCAUGAUGAUCCCAAGCAUCACCUGCAUUCCAUGCGGUAGCUAUUGGUGCGUUUGGGCGUCACAUGUAACUGGAAAUGUUUCUUCUGUUAGGUUCUAUAGUGACUUUUUUCGUCGUCAUUUGCAUAUUUUAGUAUUAUGCCCCCAAAAUCAAAUAUCCCCUACUUUUUUUGAAUAGUAUAUGUAAUGUAUACAUCAUCUUUAUUAUGUCCCUGCCUCCGUAAGCCUGAGACCCUGAGGGGCAAGGAUGGACUGUGCGGUUGAGGGCCCACCUGCCAGAGGGUCUAAGGGGGCAUUUUUCCCAAGGGGCUCCAACUGACCCCCGUCCCUAGUGAGACUGGGUGCCAGGUGCCACGUCCCCAAAUCAAUAUUCCACUUGAUUAAAUUUAACUGCUGUCUAUUAGAAACAUAGGUAUUUUUAGAACUAUGGUCGACAACAUUUUUUUGGGUGGGGGUGGGGGGUGGGGCUUGCUCCUAACUGGUUAUGGGUGUGAUAUGUAUAAUAAUAACAUUGUUCAU